AUGCUUAUUUUUCCUUUCACCUUCCUGCUUUUCUUUCAUUUUAAUGCAAAAGCAGAAAACACUCUUUGCCAAAUGAUCGGAGACCCAAAGUACCCGCUGCUUUCCAAGGAUGGAGACAUAAUUAUUGGAGGAGUUUUUGCAAUCAACAAGAAAGAAAUGUUACCUUCAUUUGAGUUCACAAAAAGACCUCAGCCUCUGUCAUGCUCUAGUGUGAAUCUACGAGAUUUUCGGCUGGCUCAAAUCAUGAUUUUUACCAUUGAGGAGAUUAACAGAAGUGGAACUUUGCUCCCAAAUGUUUCUAUUGGCUAUAGAAUCUAUGAUACAUGUGGUUCACGACUGUCUUCAAUGAGUGCAACUAUGGCGGUGAUGAAUGAUCAGGAGUUUGCAGCAAAGGAAAAAUGCAAUGGAAAGACUCCUAUACAUGCUAUCAUAGGAGAAUCAGAGUCUUCUGCCACAGUGAUUCUGUCCAGAACCACAGGACCUUUUAAAAUCCCAGUGAUAAGUCCUUCAGCUACAUGUGAAUGUCUCAGUAACAGAAAAGAUUAUCCAUCAUUCUUUAGAACUAUUGCUAGUGAUUAUCACCAGAGCAGAGCACUUGCACUCAUGGUCAAGCAUUUAGGCUGGUCUUGGGUUGGAGCUGUGAACAGUGACACAGACUAUGGAAACAAUGGAAUGUCUAUAUUUCUGAAAAUAGCCCAGGAGGAGGGCAUUUGUGUAGAGUACACUGAGAAAUUCUACAGAACAGAGCCUGAAAAACUCCAAAAAGUUGUAAAUACAAUUAAAAAAGGCACAGCAAAAGUGAUUGUUGCAUUUAUUUCGUUUGUUGAGAUGGGAUUACUUAUCGAUCAGCUAAGUAUACAGAACAUUACAGGCCUACAAUUGGUCGGUGUGGAGGCAUGGAUAACAUCAAAGAUUUACAUCACUCCAAACAAUUUUCAUGUGAUGGGAGGCUCACUGGGAUUUGCCGUGAGAAAAAUUGAUAUUGAAGGUUUUUUAGAAUAUGUUAUCAAAACAUUCUGGGACACAGCUGUGCCAUGCUCAGAAAGAGAUGGGAAUUAUUCUCAAAAUGCAGUAAAUUGCAGCAGAUAUCAGGAUCUACUUGGACUGAAAAAUUACAGUGAAGAUGUCCUUGAACAAAGAUAUGCUAGUAAUGUCUACAAAGCAGUGUAUGCUGUUGCUAAUUCAUUAAACAGUCUGCUCAAGUGCAAAGAAAAAGGAGGUUGUGAUAAAGGCCUGAGAAUACAACCACAGGAGGUAGUUGAGGCUCUGAAAAAGGUGAACUUCAGCCUAAAAAUGGGAGAUCGUGUGUGGUUUGACAGCACUGGUGGUGCAGUAGCCCAGUAUGAAGUUGUGAACUGGCAGCAGGACUCUGAUGGAUCAUUCCAGUUUAAAGCAGUGGGUUACUAUGAUGCCUCACUUCCCCCUGACCAGCGCUUAGUGCUUAACACUGAAAACAUGAUAUGGGCUGGAGGACACUUACAGAGGGCAAGGUCUGUGUGCAGUGAGAGUUGUCCUCCAGGCACUAGGAAGGCUGUACAGAAAGGAAGACCUGUCUGCUGUUAUGACUGUAUUCCAUGUGCAGAUGGAGAAAUCAGUAAUGAGACAGAUUCAAAUAACUGCAUGCAGUGUCCAGGGGAAUUCUGGUCUAAUGCUGAGAAAAAUAAAUGUGUGUUAAAGACUGUAGAAUUUUUGUCAUACACAGAAGUUAUGGGUAUAGUGCUGGUCUUUUUCUCACUGUCCGGAGUAGGAAUAACUGUACUGGUCACAGUCCUGUUUUACAGUAAGAAGGACACCCCCAUAGUAAAAGCCAACAACUCAGAGCUGAGCUUCCUGCUGCUCUUCUCAUUGACUCUGUGUUUUCUCUGUUCACUUACUUUCAUUGGUCGCCCCACUGAGUGGUCCUGUAUGUUACGUCACACAGCGUUUGGGAUCACUUUUGUCCUCUGUAUCUCUUGUGUUCUGGGGAAAACAAUAGUUGUGUUAAUGGCCUUCAAGGCCACACGUCCAGGAAGUAAUGUCAUGAAAUGGUUUGGGCCGGUACAACAGAGACUCAGUGUUCUUGCCUUUACACUUAUACAGAUUCUUAUCUGUGUGCUUUGGCUAACAAUAUCUCCUCCUUUUCCUUACAAAAAUAUGAAAUAUUAUAAAGAGAAGAUCAUUCUUGAGUGCAGUCUGGGAUCAACUGUUGGUUUUUGGGCUGUACUGGUUUAUAUUAGUGUACUGGCUCUCUUGUGCUUCAUUCUGGCUUUUCUGGCUCGGAAGCUGCCUGAUAACUUCAAUGAAGCUAAAUUCAUCACAUUCAGUAUGCUCAUAUUCUGUGCUGUGUGGAUCACAUUUAUACCAGCUUAUGUCAGUUCUCCUGGAAAAUAUACUGUAGCUGUUGAGAUAUUUGCUAUUUUAGCCUCAAGCUUUGGUUUAUUAUUCUGUAUAUUUGCACCUAAAUGUUACAUCAUCCUGUUUAAACCUGAACAAAACACAAAACAACAUUUGAUGGGAAAAACACAAACUAAGUCCUACUGA